AUGCCUCCUACCCGAAGACCGGAUCCCAUAGGAGUACCGGCGAGAGUAUCACGAACUGGCGAAAUACAGAUAUGGCCUGGGAACACCGUCGUCUGUCAUCUCCAAGAAGGAUCAACGCUAUGGCAUGGGCUGCAUAUCGUUCAAGAUGCUCUGCGCCAACUCGAGGGACCUGUCCAGAAAAUGCACUUGAUGCCUCCGGGGUCAUGGCAUAUGACCGUCCUUGAUGGCGUCAACGAGGCCGAUCGCGAGCCUGGACUGUGGCCUCCUGGCAAGGAACAGCAGCCACUCGACGAGUGCACCCAAGACUUUCUACAGCGACUUAGUCAGCUACCACCACGUCUGAAAGCCGAAGGCCUGGCGCCUCCGUACAUGGUGCAGGUUGCUGGUAUCGAAGUGCACCCCGGCGGCAUUCAUCUCAAGAUAGAAUGUCAAAGCGAAGACGAAGAGAAGCGGAUGCGAAGGCUUCGGGAUGUUUUGGCGGAUACGAUUGGGUUUCGCCGACCAACACACGAGGCUUAUCAGUGGCACAUGGGAUUUUGCUACUUAACCAAGUAUCUCGACGAGGAUGAGCCCGAGGUCCGCCGCGUGGUUUCUGGCGUCGAAGCCGCAGUGCAAAUCAAGUUCCAACUGGACGCGUUGGAAUUUUGCAAAUUCGAGACUUUGCAUAAGUUCGAUAGACUCCUCUUGCUCGCCUAA